UUAUUAGUGUUCAAGUGAAGUGUUUCGAGAGGCUCCGUGCUAAUAUCGCGUUAUCUAAUGAUGAUUGGUGUAUAACAUAGAAUCGGAACGUUAUGUGGGCGGUGAAACCGCCGCAUGUGAAUGGACGGCAUUCGGAUCGAUAGAGCUCAGUGCGCAGGCCCGCCUUAACAGAACACAGCUGGUGGCUUCGCAUCCAUCCUCCAACACUUCCACGAACUCAACCGCGACUCAGUGCCUGUUGUGAAAAUAAAAGUGCCCGGCAGAUUGCGGAUAUGUUCGCGACCUCCCAGCGGCUCUAAACGAUGUGAUGAGCCGCCAGCGGCCGGCUCUGUGGGCGCUGGCGCUGCUCUGCACGCUGGCGCCCUCGCACGCCGAUGGAAACAUAGGUUGCUUAUUCAGCUCAACCUUGUGCAUAGAGGGCGCGGAGUGGUGCUAUGACGAUUUCGCCUUCGGGAAGUGUAUACCGAUCUACGAGAGCGAAGUAGAUGAAGGCGCGCUGUACCAAUAUGACAUGAGCUCGGAGCAGCUGCAAUGGUUCGAGGACGAGCUGCAGCGCCUAGCGUCGCGCGGCUACCGCUGGGAGCACGCCUACACGCAGUGCGUGCUGCAGGCCAUGCUGUACACCAUGCGCCAGGACCUAGACCCAACAAAGAUCAAUCCAAAAAUAUGCGACCAUUUUGUGGACCCCAAACUAAAUUCCGAUGUCGCUGAAACUACCGAAGAAGAUAAUGAACCCGAUGAACAGGAGGCCUACAUUCGUUUUACUCCUAACUCUCAACUUGACUCAAACUAUGCCAAUGAGGUGUAUAGCCCUCCGUUAACCGACGAGGAAGCUGCUGAACUUCUUAUUCAAAAAGGGCCCAUAAUAUCUGACGAAGAUCAAGUAAUCUCAGCCGAAGAAACCCCAAGCGAUAAAUUACGCGAUCUAAUGUUAAUGAGUGGAGACGAAGAGUCUCCUGUCAUUCUACCUUUUGAGGGUUUCCGAGAGAGAAUUAGGGCUGCUCAAAAAGCUAGAGCCACUGACCCUGAAGCGUAUGCCAGCGCCAUUGUGGAUAAGAUUAAAAAGUCUUUGCCUGUAGUCAACGCAAACAGAGCGGAAGAUAACGGAGGUUAUGAUGAAGAGCGCCUAGGAGCUCAUUAUAGAAAGAUGAAAGUAAAAGCACCUCCGUUCACGGCUGAGUAUAUCCUCGGAAAUAAUGUAUCUCCUCUUGAUGCAGAGGUGCUCUCAAACGCCCAAGAAAAGUACAAACAAAGUUUCGCUGAAAAGAAUUUCCCAUUUGAAUAUGACAAUCCUAGCGAUUUACCUGAACAGAGAAUUUACUUCGACGAUAUGGAAGAGGUACCCUAUGAUAUGGGUAGCGGAGAACUUGAAAACUGGAAAGAUCUAAAUACCCCGGAAUCUGAGGCGAAACAUUCUAAGAAUAUGGAGUACUUGGUGAAUUACUGGCGCCAAAUUGUUGAUUCCAAAUUAAAGCCGCAAGGAGCUCUCUAUGCUGAAGGUGGUCCCCUAAAGGCUGAGGAUUUGCAAGGUGAAAAUUCAAAAUUUUACCCCGAGGACUUUCAAGAUUUACUAAGUAAAGAAUGGGGGUUUAUGCGUAGGGAACGAGACGAUGUUAAAAAGCCUGGGCCUCGCCUGGACGCGAAAGUCCUAAAGCAUUAUUUGCAUCAGAAUAAGUCAGUGACAGGUCAAGGCACGCCUAGUGCACAAAAGUUUACCGGCGUCCAUGACCACAAUGACUACGACUACGAUCCUUCUUAUGCGUAUGUCGUCUUCAAAAACCGGUUGUUCAACAACUGGGAUGUUGGCGUUUCAUUUAUUAAAAAAAUUGAAGAAAAACUGGGAUUAGAGGACAAGACUUUCACAAAUCCUCGAGUGGACAAAGGAGAAGUGACGUUCAAAGUUGAGAGGAAUAGUAAGGGAUACGAUGCAAGCACUGUAGCUAAGCGUAUUGAUGACAUCAAAGACGAGUUACGACGUGAGACCGGUGUUAGAAUUAUGUCAACAGGCGUCGGAGAUCGAAGCAAACGACCAAUAAUCGAGCAUUCAGAGCCAUCUGAGACCCAAAUAUUCGGCUUGGAGCUCCCAGUGCUGAUGGCUCUAGUGGGCAGCUUGUCCGUUCUUCUGGUGGGUGGUGUGGUGUUCGCUGUGCUGCUGAAACGAGACCUGAAUGGAAAGAGGAAGAUGCAGGGAAUGUCCUCGGCGGCCGAGAUCGACGCUGAGGCGACUAGAGACUACCAAGUAAAGGAGCUGUGUCGCGCGCGCAUGUCGGGCAAGUGGUCGGGCCAGCAGACCACUACUGCGCCACACCCUGCGGACCCCCCGCAGCGGAUCACCUCGCUGUCACGGGAACCUGACGGCAACUCGCCAUCCACUCGCUCCAGCACUUCAUCCUGGAGUGAGGAACCAGCAUUGACUAACAUGGACAUAUCUACUGGACACAUGGUUUUGGCAUACAUGGAAGACCACCUCCGCAACAAGGAUCGCCUGGAGCAGGAAUGGCGCGCGCUCUGCGCAUACGAGGCUGAACCGUGCGCCACCAACGCCGCCAUGAAGGAGGAGAACACCGGCAAGAACCGCUAUGCUGACGUCUUACCUUACGACCACUCCAGGGUCACGCUCAACAAGCUUUCUAACCAUCUCGGCUCGGAUUACAUCAACGCUUCUACUAUUACGGACCACGAUCCUCGCAACCCAGCCUAUAUCGCCGCCGCGGGUCCUCUAGCUCACACGGCGCCCGACUUUUGGCAGAUGGUUUGGGAACAGGGCAGCGUGGUAAUGGUGAUGCUGACUAGGCUGACGGAGAAUGGACAGCAGCUGUGCCACCGAUACUGGCCCGAGGAAGGCUCCGAGCUCUACCAUAUCUAUGAGGUCCAUCUUGUGAGCGAGCACAUCUGGUGUGACGACUACUUAGUCCGGAGUUUCUACCUGAAGAACCAGCGUACUGGCGAGACCCGUACCGUUACCCAGUUCCACUUCCUCUCCUGGCCUGAGAACGGCGUACCAGCAUCUACCAAGGCGUUGCUCGAGUUCCGAAGGAAAGUCAACAAAUCUUACAGAGGGAGGUCUUGUCCUAUCGUGGUUCACUGCAGUGACGGAGCCGGCCGCUCAGGCACCUACUGCCUCAUCGACAUGGUCCUCAACCGCAUGGCCAAGGGCGCGAAGGAGAUUGACAUCGCAGCCACGCUCGAGCACAUCCGAGACCAGAGGCCGCGGACUGUCGCCACCAAGCAACAGUUCGAGUUUGUGCUAAUGGCUGUCGCUGAGGAGGUACACGCGAUACUGAAAGCUCUACCGGCCCAACUCCAACAAAUGCAAGAAAAAAAGGACAAGGAAAAGGACAAAGAUAAAGACAAGGAGGGCUCCGAGAAAGAGAAGCCUAACAACUGAACACUUUGCUAUUCGUCGUUGUUGCGUUACUGAUCACUGUAUUUGUGUGUUUCCUCAGUUCCAGGCUGAGAAUUUCGCUGAUUCGUCUACUGUUU